GAAAGGAAGGGCGGGGAGCUGGAACUGCACGGAGUGGGGCCGGUGACAUGAGGCGGCCUCGCCGGCGACGGUGGACUUUAGCUGGUGCCGGAGCUUCUCCGUCGCGACAUCAUGUUCCGCCGCGCCAGGUUUAGCGUGAAGCCAAAUGUGAGGCCGAAUGCGGCAGGGAGAGGCAGUAAUAGUGGAGCCGGCACAGGCUCAGUCGUCCCGGCGGUCGCCGCCGCCGCAGAUGCCGGCGAUCAACAUGGCUCGGCACCGACCACCUGGUCUUCCACGGCCGAGGACAGUUCGAUGCUCCAUCCUGGUGAUGCCGCUGCCUCUGGAGAUCUCCACCUGAGCGGGGACAGUAGUAGAAGAAAUGAAAAGACCAGUGAUAUAAGUGGAGAUGGAGACUGUAGGAAACAUGCAGAAGUACUUCCACAGAGAAGAAAGCGAAUAUCCACUAUGCCUAACCUUAUAAAACCAAGAAUUAUACCUCCAUCUACACAUCACACUGUUGAUUUGACAUCAAAAUGUUCUCAGAAACAAGGACCUCACUCUCCUGCCUUUGAUAACCCUCUGUUUCAAAAAGAAGCAUCUUCACCUGAAAAGACUGAUGUGGAAAGUUCUCCCAAGUCUCCCAUAUUGCCCGAAAAGAAAACUCCUGUUCCUCAAGUGCCGCAGUUCUCUCCAUUUAAAAAACCUGCUAAUAAAGAACCCAGCGCAUGUGUGCCAGCUCAAAGAAGUGAUGAAGCCCUUCCAAAGAACACAAGCUCACCGCUCAAAGAAAGACCCACACAGGAAACUUUGUUGGAAGAUGAAACAACACAGUCAAAAUCUGCUUCAGCAAAUAAGAAAAGGAAUUGUUCAGAUCGUGAGAAAAUAAUCAAAACUCAAAAGCUAAGGAAGAUGCUUAAAGAAGAAUUGAAGAAAGAGAAGAAACAACGGAAAUUUAAAUAUCCAGUAAUUGAAAAAAAUAUGCCAGAAGAUCGCUCAAAAAUGAUUAUGAGAGAUUUUAUUUACUAUUUGCCUGAAAAUAAUCCUAUGAAAUCUUCAUUGGCUGAAGAAAAGAAAACAGAAAAGACUUCUACAGUGGCCCAAGCAAAAGAGUCUGAAGAAAGAAUUGUUGCUGAACAUGAUGAUGAAAAUGAGGAAGAAGAAGAUGAUGAAGAACAAGGAGGGGGAGGAGGAGAGGAUGAUGGCUCUCUUUUAGUCCCUCGAGUGAAAGUUGCAGAAGAUGGUUCAAUUAUUCUGGAUGAAGAAAGUUUAACUGUAGAGGUUUUAAGGACAAAAGGACAGUGUGUAGUGGAAGAAAAUGAUCCCAUCUUUGAGCGUGGUUCUACAACAACAUAUUCAAGUUUCAGGAAAAGCUAUUAUACUAGACCAUGGUCAGAAAAAGAAACAGACAUGUUUUUCUUAGCCAUAAGUAUGGUAGGAACUGACUUUUCGAUGAUUAGUCAGCUUUUUCCUCACAGAGGAAGAAUAGAAAUCAAGAAUAAAUUUAAGCGUGAAGAAAAGGUCAAUGGAUGGAGAAUAGAUAAAGCAUUUAAAGAAAAAAGGCCUUUUGACUUCAGUUUAUUUACAAAACUCCUUGAGAAGGUCCUGGAAAAUGAGAGGAGGAAGAAAGAUAAAGAUGCUGGAUGUCAGCAUCAAAAAGAUAGAAAUUCCAACAAGAGAAAUACAUCAAGAUCUCAGAAAAAGCGAAAAGAUAAAGUUGUAAAUGGGCAGUCCAACCAUGGUCAUGAUGAACAUCAGGAUGGUAGAACUUCUGACAUGGAAAUAGAAGUAGAUGCUGAAACAGCUGAAAAGGAGAAUGAAGAGUCUCCUAGCAUUUUGGAACAGGCAGAAGAGCAAACAGUUAUUGAAUCAACAGUGACAAAAAAGAAAAGGAAAAGAAGGAAAAAAGAUUCUGAACAGGAGACAGAGAAUCUUCUUGAAGAAAGAACUAUUCCUGCAGAAAUGGUGGAAGAAGAAAGAACUAGAAAGAAAAGGAAAAAUAUACCAGCUAAUGAUGAGAUGAAUGGCACUGGGAAAGUUGGUGGUGAACUGGAAGUCCCUAACAGAACAAUCCCUGAUGAAACUCUUAUCAUGGAUAAAGAAGAAUCAUCAUGCUGUAUCACGUUGAAUGAAGAGGCAGAAAAAGACCAUAGUGUUCAAAAAAGUAAAUCAAGAGAAGAGGACAUUUCAUCGGCUAAUUCUGAGUACUGUAUUGAGCAGGAUUCAGUGUCUCAAAUGCCUCCAAACAAAAACAUAGAAGGUUUUGAAAAGGCCAAUGAAGCCAAGAGUGAAGUAGCUGUAAGAGGUAAACUGGAUGAAAAUCAGAAUAUGUCAUCACAAAAUCAUGGUGAAGAAAUCAUGGAAACUGAUAGGGCAAUUUCUGAAAAGCACACACAGGAAGAGCAGCUGAAGAACCUUGAAUCAGACUUAACAGGAGCAUCUGAAAAAAUGGAACCUCUAGCAAAUAACCCAUUAAUUGUUAAAGUUUCUUCUGAGUCACUUGUAGAAAGUAAAGCUGCUUACGUAUCUGGAUUCGCUACAGAGGAAACAUGCAAAGCAAGCAGUGACUUCAUAAGAGUAACAGAAGAAAGUCAAAAAGCUUUUGUGGAAAAGACAGAAGUGAGAGGUCGACGGCAGAGACCUAAACCUAAUAUCAUUAAAGCAUCUGGCAGAAAAGAAGCAUCUGCUCCAGGCGAGGUCAACAAGCCCAGGUCUGAUGGUGCAGUAGAGAAGGAAAAUGAGCAGAAUGAUGCACCCAUCAUCCUCACAGCUGAGAUUCCUGAAGCACAUUGCCAGGGCUUGGAUACCGAAUCUGCGACUAGCAAGCAAUCCACUUCACAAGAAAGUAGCAAGCAAACUGUUCUCAAACCCGCACCACUAGCAAGGGGACGAUUUCAGAGACCAAAACCAAAUUUAGGAAGGGUUGCUAGAAGGCAAGAACUAUCUGGAAGAAGAACUGGAGCAGAAGAAAAAACAAGCGAAGAGGCAAUCACAGAAAAGACCGUGAUGCAAACUGAAUGUAAUGACAGUCAACUUCUAAAUAAGGAUAUCGCUGAGGCAACAGCUUACGAAGCUGACAUGAUGCACUGUGAAGCAUUAGAAAAGGGAAUGGUUGUUGGCAGUGAGAAAGUAGAUGCAGCACACCCCAACCAAUCUCCUGUGAAGAAUCCAGUAGAGUGUGAAAGAGAUAAACUAAGAAAUGCCUCUCUCUCACUUGACAUUGCAAAGGAUGUGGUAAAUCCUGCCAGCAGAGAUUCCAGUCUUCAGGAAGAAAAAAAAGACAAUUCUGUUGAAAUAGAGCAUCCAUUGGAGAGUUCUCCAUCAAGAUGUAAGGAGAACUUAGAAAAUGCAUCAGACAGAGAGGAAUUGUUACACACAGUAAAACAUAAACUGGAAACUGCAGAAAAGAGUUCAGUAAAUAUCACUAGUGAUUGCAAUGAGACCUCUAAUCUAAAUGAAGCAGCAAAAUCUGAAACCUUCCCAUUUUCAGAGGAAUGUCCUACAAAUGCUCAAGAGGAAAUUGCAACAAAUGAAAUCCAUUUGUCUCUCCAGAAUCUUCCAGAGCUUAAGAAUGAUGCAUCAAAUGAGAUUUCACUGGCAUCUGAUACCCAGAAAAAAGAAUUAGUUAGCAAACGGAGCUCACAAGGAGAAAGCAAGCAAAGUGAUACUCAAUCAACACCAUUGCUCAGAGGCAGGUUCCAGAGACCCAAACCUAACAUAGGAAAAGUAAUUGGAAGGAAAGAAAAGAAAUCUCUGGAAGGAAAUGAACUAACAACCAGUGGAAAUCUGGGGCUACAAAAAUCUGAACCUACCAAAACUACAUCUAUGGUAACCCAGAUCAAGUGUGUUGAUAAAAUCUUAUCUGAUGAAGCCUUGGAGAGUAGACUAGAAGACUCUGAAAAAGUAAUCCAGAAAAACUCUCUAGCGCCCAGUACUUUUCAGAAUAGCUCUGAUCUACAUCUCAGAGAGAAAUCCAUUUUCCAAGAAGAUAAGUCACGUACAAUCAAGCCUGCUCAGUUGGUAAGAGGACGAUUCCAGAGACCCAAACUUAAUGUUGGAAGGAUCAGUUGCAACAAGGAGGUGCCUGUGUCAGAAAAUACUAGUGCUCCAAUUGUGGGAGAAGUAAAAGAGAUGGAGGUUAUCAAGAAAGAUGAUCUGUAUCCAACUUUAGAGGAUGAAGUCAGUGCCCAAGCAUCCCCGGAUAAUUUGGAUAGAAAAGAAGGAUCAGAAUCUAUUGAAACCUCAUCAGAAAGAUUUAUUGAUCAGAAGAAACAUCCUUCUUCUGAGAAAUCACUGCCAUGUGGACUUCUGAAAAACCAAGAUGAGAUUGAAAGAAAGAAUUUGGAUACUCUUGAAAGUGAUACUUUUGACCCUCAAGAAAUAAAUCAGUCAGAAAGCAUAAAACCAGCCCACCUCAUGAUAGGUCAUCUGUGGAAGCUAAAGCCAAAUGUGGCUCAAGUUCCUAAAAACACAGAAGUCUCCUUAGAAAGAGAAAAUAGCACAGAAGGAGAGACAGGAAGAGAUGCAGAAUGUGAUAUAACCUCGCAUGGGAGCAAAUCUGGAAAAAUAGCUCAGUUAAUGGGCAGCUCUGUACAGUUGAUGGAAUCUGCAUCAUCUUCUGAAUCAAGGAAAGAAAAAAAAUGUACAGAAAACAUUGAAUUAGUAUCCCCAACAAGAAGUAGGCACUCUGGGAAAUAUGGUUCGUCAGACCAGCCUUCAGAGAAUGAAACUCAAAUUAAAAAAGAAAUCCCUAAGCUGCUUUCUGUCCAGGAGAGAGAAGAGGAAAACUUAAAAGGAAAGCAACCAGGAAAAACACUGAAGCAGAGAAACCAAAAUUAUGAUUCAAAGACAUCUUCCACUUCUGAAUGUGAAAAUGACCAUUGUAGAAAAAUGAAACACCAUCAAAAAGUUAAACCAUAUGUCAGCAGAGGCAGAAAUUUAAAACCAGCCCCUCGCAAAAAAUCAAGGAAUGGAAGUUCUAAAGUUAAUCUGGUAACCCUUAGAGCUUCUUCACAAGAGGAGGAGGAGGAGGAGGAGGAUGAACCUGAAUCAGAAUAUGAAGUUGAAAGUUUUUUACCAGAAGAAGUAAACAAAGCUCCAGUGUUUGUUCCUAAGGGGCUUCGAUCUCCAAAUCCUGUUCCUAUGCACAUUGAGGAAACAAUGGAAGAGUUGGAGAUAUAUGAGAAUAUUGCAGAUGAACCAUGUAUCUCCCAUGAUCUAAACCUAUCUAUUCAGCCUGUGAUACAAGAUGAUAGCAAGUUGUAUUUCUCACCAGUUGAUAUUACACAAGAAGAACAAAAAAAGGAAACAGGAAUUAAUGAUGGAAGUACUGAAGCAGCCAUGACUUUGCUUGCUAUGAGGGAUCCAGUGUUUCAAUUACGUAUUGAUACCCAAGAAAAAAUACAAGAAUGUCUCAGUAAAGAUGAACUGAAUCUACCUGCUAGCUUUUUGAGUCAAGGAAAUGAAGUACAUACUAAAGCCCCUUCAGCAAAUGAACUGAUUCCUUUAAAUAAUACGAAUAACACAACUCCAGAAGGUAACAACAAUAAACCAUCAGAUUUCAAAGACUGCUUGGAAGAAAAAACAGUUGUGUUACUUCCAGACUCUUCCAAAACUGCACUGGUUUCACCACACAACACAAAUGAAACUACUACAGAAUGUCACAAAUUUUCAGAUUUGGAAGAAUGUUCACAGGAAGCAACUAGAGUCUGCAGUACUGUAUCUUUGUGUAAAAGAAAUAAAACACCCAGGCCAGCAAGAUACAGACUCACAAAGCCUAAACCAAAUCUUAAUAGUGGCUUGGUACUACCCAGGAAUGCUUCUCAAAAAUCUCUGGAUCUAAGUUCAGAUAUGGAAGAAUAUAAAGAAAUCCAAAAUGUAACAGAUGAGAAAAUGUCAGAAAAACCUACAGAAGAGCAGAAAGCUGAACUGAAUCUCCAAAUGGAUGAGCAGCUCGCUAAGGUCAGCACUGCUGGAAAGUAUGAUUUACAUUCUGAAAGUGCUGGUCCCGCCAUGCAGGAAAAUAAUAUGGAAAGUGGAAACGCGGUAAAAAAGAUUUGUGAAAUUGCAUCUGAGUUAACAGCUCCAAAACGUUUUCAAGAAGCAGUAGCUUGUCUAUCUGAACUGCCAGAUAAUCUCAGCAUAAAGAGUAAUGGGUCUGCUGAACACCAGUUUUCUACAGCUGAAGUUACACAAACUGAAGGAAAUGAGAAUGCCAGUGUUUCAGCAAUGACAGAGAUGAGUGCAGAUGCAGAGGAGGAGCCAAAGUUCAUUUUAACACUGGUAGAAAUCUCGGCUGAUUCUGUGGAAUGUAGUAGUGGCCCUGCUGCGCUUCCACACGGUUCUGAGGAAUUGCUUCCCGCGCCAAUACUUUUCACCUCAGAUAAUAUGGACUCAUUGGAACUGACAAGAGAUGAAAGUGUUGGAUCCAUCACAGCUUCAGUUGAAGAAAGUGCUGCUUCUGUCAAGGACAGUACAGAGAGAGGACUGCAGACAGCUUCAUCAGAAGAUUUAACAGAUUUGGACUUGACCUCUUGGAAGAAUCCAAAAAGGUCUUCAAUAACCCUAGAAGGAAGUAGUGUUUCUGAGAAGAUAAGACCUACUGCUCCUAUAGAAGAACACCUGGAAAGUUCUGAUAAGGGGACCUCUGAUAAAUUACAGCAUAUUUCAAGAACGGCUGCUGAGCUACAAGCAGAGGAAGGAGAGCAGCCUUCUCUGAAUUCAGGGGCUGUGUUCCUCGAUGAAGCAGCUAGUGAGGCUGGACUCAUGUCAGGAACGCUUGGUGCAGGACAAGCAGAAACAUGCAAAGAACAAAGACUCUUUGUAGAUAGUUACAGUUCUGUACAAUCAGACCAAGCUGGAAAUGGAGAAGUCCUUUCAAAAACACUAUUACCCAGGUCAUAUCAAAGAUCUUUGGGAUUUCUACCUUUAAUCUGUAAAAUUAAUGCUGAUGAAGAGGUAACUGCUAAAGAGAAUAACAAAUCUCUUCAGAAAACCUGUACAUUGAUCUCUGAAAAUACCGCUGAAUGUCCAGCUUCAACUUCCAAAGACAACAACAGAGAGAUUCAGGAGUAUAGUUCACUUCCGUCAACCAUGUUAUCACCUCCAAAAUAUGAGAGUGGAAGCUGUUCUAAUGUUCAGGUUUUUCCUGAGUUAUCUGAGGAAGAGGGUUCUGCUAAGGAGCAAGAAAAAGAAGAGCCAACAAGGAUCUCAGAAUAUUUCUUUAGUGAUAUUUUUAUGGAGGUGGAUGAUUCAGAAUAACCCUGAAGAUUAUGAGAUGCCUGGUUUCUAAGAAUCCUGACUAGCAGCAGUGUAAUACCUUUAAUUAAUCAAAUGAUUUCACCUUUAAUGUAUGAAGAGUAAACUUGCUGAAUGACAGAAAUAUUUUCUUUUAUUCUGAGCAGCCUGCUGUUUGAAUGUUUGGAAACAUUGAUGAAAAAGUAUGUUAAAUGUCAAGAUGUACAUGAUCAGAAAAGCUGCCAAUCUGUGUUUUGAUUAUGUUACAGAUAAUUUCUAAACAUACAUAUUUAGAAAUAUUUAGAAAUACAAUAAGGAAUAUCAGUAUGGUCGCAUGCCACUUAAAUAUAAUGCUUAUGUAAAUAAUAUUUACUUCUUUUUGUGAAGUAAAUCUUUAUGGAAAUGAGAAUAUUAUCUCUGUAAAUAAGCAAAUCCUGGAUAUUUCAACGUACCAAGUACAUAAAGAAAUCUGAAGUCAACUUAUUUUUAUGUAUUUUUAUAAUGAACAUAUGUGAAUUGGUUCAAAAAUAAUGUUUAAUUUCUUUAAAUGUAGAGAUAAAUGUGAAAAAGAUAUUUAUUUAAGUUGAAUGUAUAGAAAAAUAAUUAUUCUGUGUUAAUUCUGUUCAUCCUGAAGAUAUAAGAACUUUGUAUGUGCUAAAUUUUACAUGAAACAAUGAACUGCCAUUUUUAAACCCAAUUAUACCACUGAAAAGGAGAAAUUGGAAGUUAAAAUCAAGUGUAUGAGAGAGUAAGAGUUUAUUUUAUUUAUUUACUGAAUUUAUUGGCUGCCCAUCUCCCUUUAUCCAAGUGACUCUAGGCAGCAUACAAGUAUCAUAUUGAGUUGACCCAAUAUCAUAAAAAAUGUGGUUCUUUUCCACUUUAAGUAAUUAAGUUUUAUUUCUUAUUGUUCUGAGUUACAGGUUCAGUAACUCAAGAUAUACACAUAUUCCAUUUGUCAUUGUUUUUUUUUAGAUCCAUAGUAUGAUUCAGACUGAAAAAAGGAAUCCUGUAAAAUAACUUUCUUUUGGAUUAGUGAUUGGAUCCUAAAUUCUGAUUGUCUUUUCCACUGCUGUUAGUGAUUGGAGAGAUUUUUUUCUAUAGAUAUUUGUUGAUCUAUGCAAUAUCUAUAAAAUAAUUGUCUUCAUCUGCAAUUGUUAGUGUAUACCAUUUUGAAUAAUUAAGAAGCUACUUCUGUUUCUUAUUCUGUACAUAUGUCACUGUAGGCAGACAUUACUAAUAGUACUGAAUUUGAUAUGAAAGGCAUUAGUAUUUUUAAAAAUUCAGACAUAGACAAUUGGUUGGAUCUAGACUUUAAAAAAUUACAAUAGACCCAUUUAAAUUAAUAUUAGUCAUGACCAAAGUCCAGUUCAUUUCACUGGCUCUAUUCUAAAGAUAUGCAAGUGUAUUCUAGUUAUUAAUAACAAACUUAGUAGUCUAUCAGGCUUAACAAUUCUAUAUUGAUUUGACUGAUCUAAAUUUUUGCUUCCUAUUUUAAUUUGCAGUGUUGCCAGGAAGUUAAAUAAAAAACCUUAGUUAUUUAUCAAAGGUAAAUAUAGAUCAAUGGAUCCAAAUAAACAUUACAAAUAUUCUGUGGUAACAAUUAACCCAAAUCAGUUUCACCAUGGAGAAGUGUGUAUUCAUAUUAAUGCAUGGAAGAAGUACGUAUAAUGCAUCCUCAAAAAUCCACCAUAAUUUGGUGUAAUAAUUUUAAAUUUCAAUGCAAAAGAAGUUUAGCUUUCAAAAAUCCUAUUAAACUAACUAAACUAUAAGGUGCCUUAUCUUUCCUUGCUAAGUGGAAAGGACAAGAAGAUCCUUUUAAUUUUUAUUAUAAACUAUGUUUUCUUGGCUAUUUUUACAAAAUUAUUUAAAACAUGCAGGUUUCUUUAUAGCAAGAACUAUAUAUUUGCUGAUGACAGAAAGACAAAUAACCUGGGUUAAUUGACAGAACAUCUAAUUAUUAUUAACAUGUGAAAAAGGAUUGCCUUCCUGAAAGGUUUGAUACAUAUUUUUAGUGGUAUGUAAUGUUCAUGUGAAAGCUUUCUGUUUCAAAGAAAGCAGGCUUAUUAUAUAUGUAAAUUAUGUGAAUAAAUUUUUUUAUAUCA